GUAAAACUUGUGAAUGCUGCUGAAACUGUUGAAACUAAAUCUAAUGUCCAAUUUGAAAGUUUGACUGGGUUAGUAUUUGACGUGGUGAAGCAUUUGAAAAAACGACAAGUUAACCGAAAAUGCUACAGACCUCGGUUGUGUUAUGUUUGUCGACGUCAAGGACAUUUGGCCCAUUCUUUCCCAGACCAAGGUAAAAGGAUUAAUGAGACAUUCAAAGAUGAAUCGAAUACAAAAAGGAAAAAGGAUACAAUGCCGAAUGAUGAAAUCCAAGAUGUGAGGAUCUUUAGGUGUGUGGAUGUUAAGGGUAGAGGUUUUGUUGGAUGUUGUUGCCAGAAUAAGAAUGAUGUUAGGAGCAAUGAAUCCAAUCAUGACAAAGAAACAAAGAAAGAAGAGAUGGUGGUUGAAUUGAAUGACAAAUUAAUUGAGAUGAAUAAGGAAAAGAUUGAAAACUUACCAGCAUUGAAUGAAGAGAUGAUUCAAAAGAUCAAGCAUGCUGAGGAAUCAGCCUGA